AUGAACAUCGUCUUCCUUAAGUUCAGUCUCAAAUCGACCUUUCUACACCCAUUGUCAAACUCGGUCAGCACUCGUUCCGCCUGCUCGAUGUUCGGUGUUAUGAGCACGAUGUCGUCUGCAAAGCGGAGAUGA